UUACACUGACAACGCACAUUUUUACAGUAUAAAUAACCAAGUAUCUCAUUACUUCAAUCAUUCUUUCCUUACUCGUUGUAGCUGGAUUAGCAAAAAUGGUCUGCUCAAAAAUUUUAAUUACAUUGGCUAUUGCUGUAGUAGCAAAGGUUCAAGCAGGACCAUGUGGUUGCCCUCCCCCUUCCUCACCAUGUGCACCUGGCGUUAGCCCUGCUAUAUUGAACUUGUUACCACUUUUGGCCGCAGCACCAUCCCCACCUUGCCCAAUCUCAGCUCCAGCUCCAGCUCCUCUCCCAUUACCAUUGCCUUGCCCAGCACCAGCUCCAGUCCCCCUCCCAUUACCUUGCCCAGCACCAGCUCCAAUCCCCCUCCCAUUGCCUUGCCAAUUACCAGCCCCACUUCCAUUACCAUUGCCAUGUUCAGGACCAACCCCAACACCCCUUAGUCCAGCUUUAUUGAGCUCUUUGUUAUCACUAUUGGCUCCUACACCAGCACCAGCUCCAGUCCCCCUCCCAUUGCCUUGCCCAGCACCAGCUCCAAUCCCCCUCCCAUUGCCUUGCCCAGCACCAGCUCCAAUUCCAUUACCUCUUCCUACCCCAUUACCAGCUCCAUGCUCUUCAUCAUCAUCACUCAUCAACGCUUUAUUGCCACUUUUGGCUGCUGCACCAACCCCAGCAUCAUUACCAGCCCCUGCUCCUUGCUCUAUUCCAGUCCCAGCACCAGCACCAGCACUUAUCCCUGUGUCACUGUCUCCAUUACCAGUACCAGCACCAACCCCAUGCGCUGUACCAGCUCCAGUAUCAGCUCCAGUACAAACUCUCCUUAGCCCAUCUUUAUUGAGCGCAUUGUUACCACUCUUAGCUAGCGCAUCAACUCCAGCUCCAUGCCAAGCACCAGCCCCAGUCCCUCUUCCUUUGCCAUUACCAUUGCCAGCCCCUCUUCCAUUGCCCUUGCCAUGCCCAGCACCAGCCCCUCAACCAUUACCUUUGCCAUGCCCAACACCAGCACCAGCAUCUCUUAGCCCAGCUCUUUUGAGUGCUUUAUUGCCACUUUUGGCUCCAGCACCAGCUCCAUGUGCUCCGGCUCCAUGCGGUUGUUGAAUAUUAGUUUAAUAUAUAAAUAUGUUAUAUAUGAAUCUCAUUAAAUUAGAAUAAAUAAAAAUUAUUUACAACUCUA